AUGGAGCGGAGCUGUCCCAAGGAGCAGCGGGACCGUUCCCGGGUGGCAGAUGGCCGGACCGCGGACGGGGGCUGGCCGGGCGGCAUCGCGGUGUAUGAGCACGCACCCGCCCACUUCCUGCCUGCGACGUUCAAGCUCUGCGCCGCCAUCUCCUACCGGCACCUGCGCAACAUGACCGGUCUGAGAAGACAAGCCGCCGUCACCAUCAGCCAAGAGCUGAGCAAGCUCGCCUGCCGCGGCACGGGACCCGGCACGUGGAUUCACCAGGUUCGCAGAAGAAGCUCCUUGCUCAGCUCGAGGCUGGAGGAGAAGCCCUUCAGCGAGAUGGAAAUGUCUUACAUCAAGCAAGGAGAGGAAGCCCUCCAGAAAUCGCUCAGCAUCCUCGAGGACCAGGACGGCUGGAAGACGGAGACGGUGGUGGAUAACGGAGACAAAGUGCUGAGCAAGGUGCUCCCGGACGUGGGGAAGGUGUUCCGGCUCGAGGUGGUGGUGGACCAGCCCCUGGACGCAGUGUACGGCGAGCUGGUGGACAACAUGGAGCAGAUGGGAGACUGGAAUCCCAACGUCGAAGAAGUCAAGAUUCUCCAGAAGAUUGGAAAGGACACAGUGAUCACCCACGAGAAGGCGGCCGCUACCCCCGGGAACAUUGUCGGACCGCGGGACUUUGUGAGCGUCCGGUGCUCCAGGAGACGUGGCUCCACCUGCGUCCUGGCCGGCAUGGCCACGCAAUACGGCGCUAUGCCGGAGCAGGAGGGAUUUGUAAGAGCUGAGAACGGCCCCACGUGCAUGAUCCUGCGCCCGCUGCCCGGCAGCCCUUCGCGGACCAAGCUAACGUGGCUCCUCAGCAUCGACCUGAAGGGCUGGCUGCCGAAGACCAUCAUCAACCAGGUGCUGUCCCAGACGCAGGUCGACUUUGCCAACCACCUCCGGGAGCGCCUGGCCCAGACAGUGGCCGUGGACUGCUGA